CCCAGUAGCCACUGUACUUAAAACUAAACACUCUGGCAACAUAGUUGAAUCGUCGCCAUUUCUAAAGAAAAUUUUUCUGCAAGCAGUUAAGCACAAGCUAUAUUUUGUGCUGGGGGAGAAUGACUAAUAUCGGAGAUCUUUUUACAAAAUAUAAUUGCACGAAUUGCCAAGACGACAUUUCUGGGAUUCGUGUUCAUUGCGCAGAAUGUGAAAACUUUGAUUUAUGUUUGCAAUGUUUCGCUUCUGGUGCGGAGAUCGGUGCACAUCAAAACAAUCAUGCAUACCAAUUUAUGGACACGGGUACAGCAAUUUUAUCCGUAUUUCGCGGAAAGGGAGCUUGGACGGCUCGAGAGGAGAUAAGGCUGCUGGAUGCCAUAGAACAGUAUGGAUUCGGAAACUGGGAAGACAUUAGUAAACAUAUAGAGACCAAGUCAGCUGAAGAUGCCAAAGAAGAAUAUGUUAAGCGUUUUGUGAAUGGCACGAUUGGCCUACACACUUGGACACCCGCUCAAUCACAACGACCUCUGUUGGUGGACCAUACGUCUGAAGACAAUGGGCCUUUGGGCUCCACAGCUUUGCAGCGUUUGCCUCCAUUAGAUAUUACCAACGAGGAGGCCGCGCAAUUGGGGUACAUGCCAAACCGGGAUGGCUUUGAAAGAGAAUAUGAUCCAACGGCGGAACAGUUAAUAUCAACAAUGGCACUCAGUAGCGAAGACAUUGAAGCUGAUUAUUUAUUGAAAUUGGCACAUGUUGACAUGUAUACAAGACGUCUGCGUGAGCGCGUGCGUCGUAAGCGCUUAGUGCGUGAUUAUCAGUUGGUAGCGAAUUUUUUUCGCAACCGCAAUUAUGCCCAGCAUCCGGGCAUGACACGCGAACAAAAAGAAUUUCGAGAUCGCUUUCGUGUUUUCGCACAAUUUUAUACUGCUAACGAAUACGAACGUCUAUUAAUGUCACUUGAACGCGAAAAAGAGCUGCGAAUACGAUUGGCUGAGUUAUGUCGCUAUAGAUAUAACGGACUGACUAAAAUCGAUGAAUGCCGCCACUUUGAACAACAUGCAGCCAUGGCAUUGAAUCGCUCAACUGGGCCAUACGGCCAUGGAAAGACUUUUGCGUGUAUUAUCGGCACACCAAGCGGCGAACGUUUGAACGGAUGUAUAAGACAAUGUUUAACCACAGGACCACACGCAGCCCAGCAUUGGAAGUCGUCGGCAGCCAAGCUCUUUCUUACACUCUCCGCAACCCAGCAGCCGAAAAGUAGAAAUGUUAAACGGAAGCGAGGCAAGUCUAAAUUCAAUCGCGUCAAGAAACACGCACCACACCGGCGACCUGAUCUCCUCCGGCGCAUUAUUGCACAACAGAAAUUACUCGGAUAGCUGUCGGGAAUCGUCGGUUCAUACGACGAUAUCGCCAGCGGGGAUGAUAGUGGGAGUGGGCAUGAUGAACACGACGAUGACAGCAACAAAA